AUACCCAAAGCAUAAUUUAAAAGGAAAAAUGGCCCCGACCAGUGCGGACUACAUUAACACAAAUGAAGAGAAAUCCAAUGCCAUCAUAUUCGAUACCACCAAAGAUGAACUCUUCAGGCUCAGUGAUAACUACAAAACCCUUCAGAGGAAACUGAAAGGAAAUUGGAGGAUUUCGAGCAAUCGCGAAGACAGUACCAUCACCAUCGAUGCCUUGAAUCAGGCUCGUGUGUUUGUUUUAGCCGGACCUCGAGAGAAGUUCAACGAAAAUGAGAUUGAUCACUUGAAGAAGUACCUGGAAACAGGUGGAUGUCUCCUCGUUCUUCUGGGCGAAGGUGGAGAGAAGCGUUUCGAUACCAAUAUCAAUUUUUUCUUGGAGGAAUACGGGAUCAUGAUCAACUCAGAUGCCGUGGUUCGAACCAACUAUCACAAGUACUUUCAUCCCAAGGAGUGUUUGGUCUCGAACGGGGUUCUUAAUCGAGCAAUAAGUGAAGCAGCCGGGAAAACGGGGACCAAAGCUAGUUUUCUUGAAUACGAACAGGACAUUAAUAACGCCCAGGCCUUAUCGUUCGUGUAUCCUCAUGGAGCUACGCUGAAUGUGGCCCGCCCUGCCACGCCCAUCUUAUCGACUGGGAGUGUCUCCUUCCCACUCAAUCGGCCAGUUUGCGCUCUCUUCACUCACCCAGGAAGUGGAGGCAAGCUGGCCGUGUUAGGAUCCGGAUCCAUGUUGGCCGAUCAAUACAUCGAAAAAGAGGACAACAACAAGAUAAAAGACGUCAUCUUUGAAUUCCUGACCACGGAUAAUAUUAGCUUGAACAAGAUUGACAUGGAUGAUCCAGACAUCUCGGACUAUCAAAUGAUCCCGGAUACUUGCUACUUGAGCAACCGACUCCGCUCCUGCCUCCAAGAAUCGGAUGAAGUGCCCUCGGAUUUUACAAGACUUUUCGAUACGAAGCUGUACUCGAUCUCCACCUCCAUGCUCCCAGCAUCAAUUAAUGCCUAUGCAGAGCUAUCUGUCAAACACGAACCCCUGAAAUUGAUCACACCUCAAUUCGAGACGCCUUUGCCACCUUUACAAGCGGCAGUUUUCCCACCCUCAUUUCGGGAGUUGCCCAAUCCUAAGCUGGAGUUGUUCGAUCUGGAUGAAGCCUUCUCUUCGGAAAAAUCUCGGUUGGCCCAGAUUACGAACAAGUGCACGGAUGAGGACUUGGACUACUUUAUCCGCGAGGGGGCCGAUGUCAUGGGUAUCACUCAACAUUUGCCCCUGGAGGCCCAUGAGCCCAAGCGAAUCGUGGAGUACAUGCUCACCCACAUUGCCGAGUUCAAGAAGCUCAACCAAGAGUAGUGAUAAAAGAUGGCAUCGUAUAUGAAUAGUUAACAAUGACUCACCAGAUGGAGAGGGGUGAAGGCCACCUCCGUCUCUUGUUUGAUGUAGAUCAUAACCCGCUCGGACGUUGGAGGAAUCAACUUUAUCCGCUUCUCAGGGGGAGGUUGCAGCAGCUGAAAUGAAUAAUUCAUAAUGAUUUAUAAUUUCUUUCAAAUACAAUUAUCUAAUUGGUAAUCUA